AUGUUGAUUGUUUGUUUCCAAAGAACAUGGCAGGCCUCCAUUACUAUGUGCCCAAUCAACAAAACGACCACAAAGCUCACUUCUAGGGUUUAUUAUCGCAAUCGAGCAGGAUUCGUAAGAGCUUCUUCAGAAACAAUGGCCACUGAGAAAUUAGGAAUUAAGAUCGUCAAGAACCCGCCGGAAUCAAAGCUCGCUGAUCUCGGUGUUAGAUCUUGGCCCAAGUGGGGAUGCCCUCCGAGCAAAUUUCCAUGGACGUACUCGUCGAAAGAGACAUGCUACCUUCUGAAAGGGAAGGUGAAGGUUUACCCCGAAGGCUCCGAUGAGGCGGUGGAGAUCGGCGCCGGUGACUUGGUGGAGUUCCCCAAGGGUAUGAACUGCACUUGGGAUGUUUCAGAAACCGUGGACAAACAUUACCAGUUUGAGUAACAUCUCGGAUUCAUUCAAGUCAUUCUACUCGUUUACGACUAUGCUAUGUUAUUUUUGAAUUUUUGUUUUGUUUUGUUUUAUGGAUUAAUUUUUGAAAAAAAAAAAAAAAAAAAAAACAAAACAGCUAAUCAGCCUAAUCUUAUUACUACAGGCGUUGCCAAAAUCAUCCAAAG